AUGACAGCAGAUCCCAAAGCCGCAUUAUCGGCUUUCAAAAAACUCACCGAGGUCAUCUACAUCUCGGAUCCCGAGAAAGACUCAAUAAACAACUCAAAUGCACCCCCAAUUAUCCUAGCAUUCUGGAUGAACGCUGGCCCUCGUCCCGUGGCUCGAUAUGUCUCAGAGUAUCGUCGCAUGCUACCAUCAUCUCGCAUUGUGAUUCUCCUCUCCGCAACAAAUGACUUUACCUUCCACUACCGUGAUGCCGCACAAGAUGUUAGGCUUCCGCACGCUGUGGAUGCGCUCCGCGAUCUCGCUACACCGACCAAUCCCGCAUUCAUCCACGUCUUCUCAAACGGCGGUGUCUUCAAGAUGGCUCAUUUAAUGCGCCUGUUCAAACAAAAGACAGGCCGCCCCUUACCUGUCUCAUCAAUGAUCGUUGAUAGUGCGCCUGGCAUUGCGACCGUCGCGUCAGGUAUGAAGGCAAUCGCGUUCCAGCUUCCAAAAUUCUGGAUCUGGCGAUUGAUUUCCAAGACUAUGCUGUGGAUGUUCCUUGCUACUCUGGAGGUUAUUCGAAGGAUUACUCGCAUGCCCAGACCCAUGGAUGUUGCUAGUCGGAGAAUCAAUGAUAAGAGUCUUUAUCAGCCUCCGGCGAAGGGUCUCGCGCGUUGUUAUAUUUAUUCUGAUUCUGAUCAGAUCAUUUCAUCGGAUCAUGUUGAGGAUCAUAUCAAGGACUCUGAGGCUUGUGGGAUUGUUGUGCGUCGGGAGAAAUUUCAGGAUGCGGAUCAUGUUAUGGCUAUGAAGAUGGACCCGGAACGGUAUUGGGCUAUUGUUAAGGAUUAUUUACCGCUCAAGUCUCAAUUACCGCUCAUGUCUCAAGACUUGGAAGCGGUAUAA